AUUGUUGUUUGACGACAUUAGUGCUUUUUGUCUCAAGAGUCAACAAUAUACUAGCGCAUGUUCUAGCGGAUCGCAUCACGGAGUAGGUACCAUUACUGUAUUUCAUGCAGUACCUUCUAAAUCGAGUCAAGCUUGGAAUAAUUUGGUAUCUCAUUACAAAUGUAUUGUUUCUUUUGACAACAACAGCGAAAUUGAAAAAAUAUUUAAAAAUGAUUUUCCUUCUGCUGGAAAAAUGCAUCACGUCAUUAGCGAUUUACUUAACAAAGAAACUUCUAGUCAACACGGACACUUGGCAUUAUUUAAAAGAAAUUGUUCUGUUGCCAGAUUAAGAACCCAAAUUACCAAUUCCAAAGAACAAAAAGUGUUUAUACCUGUUGACGCUCAAGGAAAAUUAGAUUUUGAUUACAACGAAAUGAGCGUAAACAAAAAAAUUGUUACUUUUCAAUCGUUUCCUUAUGUUAAAGCGCGAAAUUGUAAAAACCAUUAUUAUCUUAAAUCUCAUCACAAUCCAUUUUGUCAAGAAAAAGAGAAGGAGAACCAACAAACUAACGACGAAGAAGGUAAAAACAAUAUAAAUAGCGAAAAAGAAAAUCAAAUAAAAAAAAGAAAAUGGAGCGAGAGCGAAAGAGCUGCUCUAAUGCUUGAAGAAAUUAAAAGAAGAAAGAGAUAUGGAUUGUGCGAAUCAUCAGACGAAUUUUCAGAUUCUGGAGACGAAUCAAACGAAUCAGAAUGA